AUUUAUAGGCAUGAAGGGAAAAGAAUAGAUGAGGAAUCUACAUUUUACAAUGUGGUGCAUUAAAUUCUCGUGGAUCGUUGGAAUAAAAACAAUACUCCUCUCCAUUGUAUGGCACAUUCAUUGAAUCCAAAAUAUUAUAGUGAUGAGUGGCUCCAUGAGGAUCAAAAUAGAGUUCCUCCACAUAGGGAUGAAGAGGUGACACGUGAGAGGAACAAGUGUUUUAAGAGGUAUUUUGAAGAUAUCACAGAGCGAACCAAGGUGAUAACUGAGUUUGGAAAAUUUUCGGGUUAUGUUGAAGCAUUCUCGGAGUAUGAUUCUAUUCAUAAUAGGUGGCACAUGGACCCUUAUACUUGGUGGUGUGCAUAUGGUGCAUAUGCACCAUCUCUUCAAAAACUAGCUUUGAGAUUACUUGUGCAACCCGCCUCUUCAUCUUGUUGUGAGAGAAAUUGGAGUACUUACUCCUUUAUUCACUCAGUGAGAAGGAACAAAAUGGUCCCUCAAAGAGCGGAGGACUUGGUGUUCAUUCAUAGCAAUCUUCGUCUUUUAUCAAGGAGGAGCUCCCAAUACUUGCAAGGAGAGACAAAAAUGUGGGACAUUGCUGGAGAUAACUUUGACUCACUUGAUGAUAUUGGAAUGCUUGGGAUAGCUAACCUCUCACUUGAUGAACCGGCUAUGGAGGCGGUCCUAUUUACAGAUGAAGGAGAAGAUGGAGGUGGUGGUGAAGAUGUUGUAAUAGUUUCCUCUACUUAAAUUCACAUUUUCUGAUAUUUAUGGAUUUUGUAAUAGAUGAUAGUUAUUGGUACAUUGGAUAAUUUUAUAUUUUGUGGUUUGAUUUUCAUGCAUUUUGUAACAAUUGAUGGUUGGUAGCUUCAAAUGACAUGUUAUGUAUUGAUGGAAUGCAAUUUUAUGUUAUUUCAA